CCGGGCAGGGGCGAGACCUCUCAUGGGCUCCCCACAGCGGCGGGAGGGUAAUUGCACGGCGCCCCCAAUAACUGCCGCGCUGCCUCCUCAUCGUCCUAGUGCCCCCACGGCCUCGCGAGCCAUUCAGACCAUCAACCGCCACAGGCAGAAAACUAACGGAAACUUUCGCUGGAACCCUGCGCAUGCGCCGCCCCACCCUCUCGCCCAGCUCCCGCAGGGCCUGGCGGGGGUUGUCGUUUCUUCGCGGUGCUCGGCGGAGGCAGGGAGCGGGCGGUUGAACCACAGCUCCCGGCAGCCCCUGCGCCCCUCCCUGUGGAUGCGGGGAGCAGCGGGGAUAAUGAGAUGCGUGUGAAGCGGCUCUGUCCCGCGGGGCGCCGGAGUCGCUCUGUCCCGCAGGCGGAAUACGACGUUUCAAAAUGCUGCAGAUUAUCUGGGUGAAUCUAGAGAUCAGAUUUAAUGUGCUUGUGUUUUUAGAAAUGCUGUUCCUGCAUUUCAUGAGAUAAAACACUUUACAAAAAUGAAAAAUUGGAGAUUAAUGAAGGUAAAUUUUUUUACCAUGUCCGUACAUGUUAAUGAACUCUGAGAAGAACUUUUGAAGAAAGAAUAGAUUCGUCAUAAACACUGAUAUACGCAGUAUUAUUGGCUCAGGAUGCUAUCCACAUGUUUUUUUGUUUAAAUAGAAAAAGACAUCUAAGUGAAGAUGAGUCUGUGUUUGAUAUAUAGUGUCUGGAGUUAAGUGAGAGAAGAAAUAUUUUUAAAGAUCUACCAACAGUAAUCUCUAUCUGAGACCAAGAUUUUCUCAAAAGAAAUAAAAUGAAGGACCUGUGUGAAAAAGUGGUAUUGAUUUAUUCCUCUGAAGGAGACAAUUUCAUGAUGAUUUAAGCCUCUACCAACAUCUGGAUGUGGUGCUAAAGGCAAGUCUGUGUCUUUGAUCAGCUGACUGAAACUGUGGAAAGAGGACCUUUAAUUUAAAGUAACUUCUGGCUGAAAUUCUCUUGCUCAUCAGCUUGAACAGAAUGAAAGGGAAAAUGAACAUGACGUAUCAGUCAGGGGCCUCUUACUGAACUGAAAAAGGGAAACUUUAGACUGUCCUUUAAACUGUAAAAUUAUAACAAACACCCUGGUCAAAUAUUUUUUUAAAAAAGUUGACUACUAGGCAGAUCUCUACUGAAUUAAAGAAAGUCAGAUGUCAGCAAACGAUUCCUCUCCUCCAUCCUUACAGAAGUUUUCUCCUCCUGCAUCUCAUGCUGCUGCACCACCAACCCCUUCUCUGUCUUCAAGUCCCCAGUCGGGACUCUCCAACCGGCUGUCCAAUGGCAGCCUCAGUACACAGAGUCUCACCAACUCCAGGGGCUCUGUGCAUGGGGUCUCAUUCCUGCUGCAGAUCGGUCUCACUCGGGAGACUGUCACCAUUGAAGCUCAGGACUUGUCCCUCUCAUCUGUCAAAGACCUAGUCUGUUCUAUAGUUUACCAGAAGUUCCCAGAGUGUGGUUUCUUUGGCAUGUAUGACAAAAUUCUCCUCUUUCGCCAUGACCUGAACUCGGAAAAUAUUUUGCAGAGGAUUACAUCAGCAGAAGAGAUACAUGAAGGAGAUCUUGUUGAGGUUGUGCUUUCUGCUUUGGCUACAGUUGAAGAUUUCCAGAUUCGUCCUCAUGCACUUUAUGUGCAUUCUUACAAGGCUCCUACAUUUUGUGACUAUUGUGGGGAGAUGCUUUGGGGUUUGGUACGACAAGGAUUAAAAUGUGAAGGCUGUGGAUUAAACUACCAUAAGCGAUGUGCCUUCAAGAUCCCAAAUAACUGUAGUGGAGUGAGAAAGAGGCGUUUGUCAAAUGUGUCUUUACCAAGUGCUGGGCUUUCAGUUCCCAGACCAGUGCAAACUGAAUACACAGCCACUGCCACUGAAGAGCGCUGCCACCCAGAGCCCAGCAAGAGAAUUCCCUCCUGGAGUGGGCGUCCAAUCUGGAUGGAAAAGAUGGUGCUUUGCAGGGUGAAGGUUCCUCACACCUUUGCUGUCCAUUCCUAUACUCGUCCCACCAUAUGCCAGUACUGCAAACGUUUGCUCAAGGGCCUUUUUCGCCAAGGAAUGCAGUGUAAAGAUUGCAGAUUUAACUGUCACAAACGUUGUGCGUCUAAAGUACCUAGAGACUGUCUUGGAGAGGUGGUUUUCAAUGGAGAACCUUCUAGUCCAGGCCAAGAUUUGGACAUGCCAAUGGAAGUUGACAGCAAUGAAAUAAACAGUGAUGGUAGUCGGGGUUUGGAUGAUGUAGAAGAACCUUCUCCUCCAGAGGACAAAAUGUUCUUUAUGGACCCUUCUGAUCUUGAUGUGGACAAAGAUGAAGAAGCUGUCAAAACUAUCAGUCCAUCAACAAGCAAUAAUAUUCCACUAAUGAGGGUUGUACAGUCAAUCAAGCACACAAAGAGGAAGAGCAGUACAAUGGUGAAGGAAGGAUGGAUGGUUCACUAUACCAGCAGAGACAACCUGAGAAAGAGACAUUACUGGAGACUGGAUAGUAAAUGUCUUACGCUAUUUCAAAAUGAAUCUGGAACAAAAUAUUACAAGGAGAUUCCACUUUCAGAAAUUCUCCAGGUGAAUCAGCCUCGAGAUUUCUCAAACAUGGUGCAGGGCAGCAACCCACACUGUUUUGAGAUCAUCACUGACACCAUGGUAUACUUUGUUGGCGAAAAUAAUGGCAACAGCCAUCACAAUCCUGUUCUUGCUGCCACUGGAGUUGGAUUUGACGUAGCUCAAAGCUGGGAGAAAGCCAUCCGUCAGGCUUUGAUGCCAGUCACUCCUCAAGCUAGCGUGUGCACUGCAGCAGGACAAGGAAAAGAUCACAAGGAGUUAUCUCUCAGCAUCUCUGUUUCAAAUUGCCAGAUUCAGGAGAAUGUGGACAUCAGCUCUGUGUAUCAGAUCUUUGCUGAUGAGGUCCUAGGUUCGGGUCAGUUUGGCAUUGUAUAUGGAGGAAAACAUAGGAAGACUGGAAGAGAUGUGGCUAUUAAAAUAAUUGAUAAGAUGAGAUUCCCCACAAAACAGGAAAGUCAGCUUCGCAAUGAAGUUGCCAUUCUGCAGAAUUUGCACCACCCUGGGAUUGUAAACCUGGAAUGUAUGUUUGAAACCCCAGAACGGGUGUUUGUUGUGAUGGAAAAGUUGCAUGGAGAUAUGCUGGAAAUGAUUCUUUCUAGUGAGAAAAGUCGGCUGCCAGAACGAAUCACAAAGUUCAUGGUCACCCAGAUACUUGUUGCUUUGAGAAAUUUACACUUCAAGAACAUUGUGCACUGUGAUUUAAAACCAGAAAAUGUACUACUAGCAUCAGCAGAACCAUUCCCUCAGGUGAAGCUGUGUGACUUUGGUUUUGCACGCAUCAUAGGCGAAAAGUCUUUCAGGCGCUCUGUGGUUGGAACCCCUGCCUACCUUGCUCCUGAGGUGCUCCGGAGUAAAGGUUACAAUCGCUCUCUGGAUAUGUGGUCAGUGGGAGUAAUUGUCUAUGUGAGCCUUAGUGGUACAUUCCCAUUUAAUGAGGAUGAAGAUAUAAAUGACCAAAUCCAAAAUGCAGCAUUUAUGUAUCCACCAAACCCCUGGAAGGAAAUUUCUAGUGAAGCCAUUGAUUUAAUAAAUAAUUUGCUUCAAGUGAAGAUGAGAAAGCGUUACAGUGUUGACAAAUCUCUUAGUCACCCCUGGCUACAGGAUUAUCAGACUUGGCUUGACCUUAGAGAGUUUGAAACUCGCAUUGGAGAGCGUUACAUUACCCAUGAGAGUGAUGAUGCUCGCUGGGAAGAACAUGCUUAUGAACACAACCUUGUGUACCCCAAACAUUUCAUUAUGGCCCCCAAUCCAGAUGAUAUGGAAGAAGACCCUUAAUAUUCACCAUGCUAACUUCAUUACAGAAGGGAGCUUCAGAUAGAAACUGAUGAUGAUACUUUUCAGGAUAGAUAUUGCUCUUUGAAUGUUGUUCAGAUGAUUCAAUCUACAAAACCAUGAAGGAUCCUGCACUGGCAGGUGGAUGAGCAAAAUGACCUAAAAGUUUUUCUUCAUCUCUCAUUUCUUGAACUAUGAAAUGUGAUCCGGCAAUGGGAUAAGCAACUUGGGUAACAUUUCACUAGCUGUAUGGUUACGGACGAUGUUACUGAGGUGUAAUGCAUACAGACUGAAUGCAUGGUGUGCGUUUUCUGUGUUUUUUUGUAGCCUAUGCAAUAACGAAACAAUGUUUUUUUAUGGUUUCCUAGUCCCUUAUUUACUAAGCCAUAGAGUACUGUUUUCUGGUAUUUAGAUACACCUCCACUUUCCUAGUUUGUACAUUGUGGAAAGAGGCUGUAAAAAGAAAUCAAAACCAUAUACCUUGACCAAAUCACAACAGAAAAUGCUGGAUUAAGACUAAUCUAAAAGACUGAAUGUUUGACAGGUAUGCUAAAACAAUCAAGGUAAAGGAACAUGCUCAUUUGCCGCUGUUUUAAGCAGUUGAAUGCUUGACUUUCUUUGCCCUGGUAGAAUUGAAGGAUCUUUCUCCAGAUGUCUGAGAUAAGAUAGUAACACCGGAUUUCAUAUUUCUGUUGAAUGCUAACUGACAAUCAAAAAGCUGUGGUAGCCCUCAACAUUGUUUGUUACAAUAGAGCAAUAAACCACAACAGGGUGUGCAUUAAUAUGCAAGAUUGGGAUGUGUCUUUGGUGUGUACCAAAGGUGUUUUGUCUUAAAAUCACCAAAAUAGCGCACAAAUAGCAUACACACUUUUAUGUAGCAUAUCCUUCCACUAUGGAAAAAUAGUUUCUAGCAGGAUAUGCAAAAUAGUAAAGAAAAGUAUAGACACUUUUCCUCUACUGAUUUGAAUAACUUUGAAAAACAUAUUUUAUGUUCGUUUUAUGUUCCCUGGACUCAGCCUGUCUGCAGUAGUUUGUGGCCUGAUAGCAACUCCUGAUCCUCAUUUUCUAUUGAACAAACUAAAUUAGGAGUCCUGUUGAAAAAAUCAAAAUUGAGCAUGAGUUAAAGGGGCUGUUGCACCACAAACUGUUGCCAACAGGGCAGCUGGAUUCAUGAACUAACAGGAGGAAGAGCCAUUGCCUCCUAUUUCAGCCUUCCAGUCUUUAACCUGCAAUUCCACCACUUCCUAAACUUUACAGAUUAUGAAACUGAAUUAGGCAUUCUAAAACAACUCUUAAUUUAGCUUCUUAACAGAAACUUCCAUUUAAACAUACUCAGCCACAUCUUGAGAACUGUGGCCAAAUGGAGAGGGAAGCAGAAGUUUCCUUCUGAAAUGAUAGUGCAGGAAGAUAGUUUGGCAGUUAAAGUCGGACAUGUUUCAGGAAGAAAGCCUUAUGUCCGCUAUAUUAAAUCGAGGCCUCCAUUUACUUAAAAGUUGUGAGUUUCUGAUGAAAUUUCAGCCAUGUAUUAUUGGGAGUUGAUGCAAGGCUGUGCAUCUCCCAGAUAGGUUCAACUAGCUAAUAACUUGGCUUUGGGUAAUGUCCUUAUGUUUUUUUUAAAAUGUAAAUUCUGUAGGUUUCAGCUGCAAAGGUAAUUGAAGCCUUUGGGGUCUCCUUACUCUUCUAGGUGAGGUAACGUUUUUGUAGGCUGACUAAAAUAUUUUUAAUUGUAAUUCUCAAAAUCAGGGUGGGUGAGUAGACUUUUGUGCCCAGAUUGAUGCAUUUUCAUGAUGAUUUUCCGUGGUUGCUUCAGAGUUGUCAGCUGCUCUUAGAUACAUAAGUGAACUGGCAGUGAAGUUGGUGGAAACUGCCUAAAUAUAUCUGAAGGAAGAACAGGACCCAUAAUCGACUCUUUUCCUGCUUGCUUAGCUGCUGGGUUUUAUAGGUAUCUAGGCUGUUAGCAACUAAAAACUUAGGGCCAGGUUCUGUACUAUACCUUCGCCAGCGGGAAAUACAAGGUGCCAUCUUUGCACAUCUGGGAUACUGGCCUUCUCCUGGGACUGCUCUAAUGUUUGGCAGAAUCCCUCCAGCCACCAAUGUCAAAGCCGCCUGGCCAUUCCACCCUGAUGCACUCUUGCCUUGCCAUGCCCCUAGUCUGAGAUUUAUGCAGGGGGUUGGCAUAGAGCUGCCCAUAAGGGGAUCAUCCUUUCCCUUUUGUGGUGCUGGAAGAGUGUAAAGGAAUUGUAGUAGGAGACUGAAUCUGCCCCCUUAACCUUGCAGCCUCACUGAGGGGAGAUUUCAGGAUUGGUCCUGCCACAGAAAGUACUGAAACACCUUGUAUGCUAAUUCAAUUGUAGUUUUAACUUUUGAAGUAUCAUAGAAUAUCAGGGUUGGAAGGGACCUCAGGAGGUUAUCUAGUCCAACCCCCUGCUCAAAGCAAGACCAAUCCCCAGACAGAUUUUUACCCGUUCCCUAAAUGGCCCCCUCAAGGAUUGAACACUCAACCCUGGGUUUAAGCAGGCCAAUGCUCAAACCACUGAGCUAUCCCUCAUAGCCUGAUCACUUGUGAAAUCAUUGGCUUAGUGUUGGCCUAAUUUCCUGUAAAGUUUGUUACAUCCAGGCUUGGAGAGAGAAGUGACACUUUUGCUUCUAGCUGCCAUAAUUUCUCUAGCACCUCUGAAAUUUGGGCACCGGGCCUCUUAUGGCUGUAAUGCUUCAGACAUGGUUGGACUUUCAAACAUUUCUGAGUUGAGGCAUUUCAGUGCUUCUGUUUGCCAGAACCUGGGAAUGGGGGAGAGGGGAUGGAUCACUUGAUGAUUACCUAUUCUGUUCAUUCCCUCUGGGGCACCUGGCAUUGGCCACUGUCAGAAGACAGAAGAUUGGGCUAGAUGGACCCUUGGUUUGACCUAGUAUGACCGUUCUUAUGUUCUUAGGGUUGGAAGAGAGGGUUGUAUCCAUGGAAUGAAGAGGCCUAACUGUCCUCCCUCCACCCCCUGUGAAGUCUGUUUCUAUUUCAACACACAAAAUAAGACCUAUUCAGUAUUCCCAAUUUAGGUUUAAAAACAAAAUGAGAAUUGAAAUUGGCUUUGGAGCAUAAACUGUUAAUGCCAUUUGGACUCCUUGGCUUAGAAACAGGUAGUGGAAGUUGAUUUCCCCUCCCUCCAUACACUAGAAAUAAACAUAUUCAAAUUAGAAGUAAAAGUGUGCUCCAAAUUUGUUGCCCUUUUGUCUAAUCCUUCUACAGUGAAUUCCAUAGAAGUAAGAGAUGUUUAAAAUCCUCACCCAUGAUUUAAAAACUAAUGAAUUUUAGAAUUAAGUAGCCAUAUUCUAAUAGCAAUAAAUUAAGCAUGUGGAUUCCUGGAUCAUUGGUACGCUAUUAAGAUGAGGCAAGUACUUCAAGCCUCAGAACACCUAUGGCACGGGCCAGUACUGUAGCAAUACGCACCCUGUUGUGGCUUGAUGCUUAAGAUUAAAAAUAACUGGAACAUUUGUAUUACUCUGAUAGUUAUCACACACAUUUUACAAGCCAUGAAAUGAAUUGCACAGCUUGCACUCUAACUUUUUUAAUGAAAGCCUAAAACCUUUUCUAUUAAAUUUUAAGCUUUAAGUCACUGACUAAGAACCUGGAGUUAUAAUAAUAAUCAGUUGCUCCAAUGCUACAUAAUCAUUAACCUGUUUUGAAUUAAGAAGUUGCAUUCAUGCAAGAAAUAGUGCUUUGUUGAUGCUAGAAAAAGCUCAAGUAAAAUUUGUAGCCUCAAAACAACACUGUCAAGUACUUUUUUAUAUUUUUAUACAUCCCAUUGUUUGUAAAUAUCCUCUAAGCUUGAAAAUAAAAUUUAUUUCCCUAUCA